CACCAAGCUGGAGGCAGAAGGACUCAUUCUAUCACUUCUUACAACCACUGGUAUUCCACCUUUAUGCCAUCACUCCCCGCCAUGAAGGAGAGAAGACUACCCCAGCCUUUUGUAGCGAGGUGUAAACUGGUCCUGGUGGGAGACGUCCAAUGCGGGAAGACAGCGAUGUUACAAGUGUUGGCCAAGGACUGUUACCCAGAGACGUAUGUCCCGACUGUGUUUGAGAACUACACAGCCUGCCUGGAGCUUGAAGACCAGCGAGUGGAGCUCAGUCUCUGGGACACAUCAGGUUCUCCCUACUACGACAACGUCAGACCCCUGUGUUACAGUGACUCAGAUGCCGUGCUCUUGUGCUUCGACAUCAGCCGACCGGACACAGUCGACGGUGCUCUAAAGAAGUGGAAAGUAGAGAUCCAGGACUUCUGCCCGAGCACACGGAUCCUGCUAAUAGGCUGUAAGACGGACCUGCGCACGGAUGUGUGCACACGCAUGGAGCUGUCCAAUCAGAAACAGAGUCCCAUCUCCCAUGAGCAGGGCUCGUCCAUGGCCAAGCAGCUUGGAGCGGAGGCUUACCUGGAGUGCUCGGCCUUCACGUCAGAGAAGAGCGUCCACAGUGUUUUCCGUACCGCCGCUCAGGCCUGCAUGAACAAACUCCCGCCUGCCAGUAAACCCAGCCCCAUCCGCCGCCUCUCCAAGCGACUCCUCCACCUGCCCAGCAAGACAGAGCUGCUCUCCUCAGCCUUCAGCAAGGACAAGUCCAAGAGUUGCUCCAUCAUGUGAAGACUGCGGGGAUCAUGCUCAUAAAGCAAGGACAAGCAAACCACUGUAUACUGUAGCUGGUUCAGCAAAGGAACGCAGGGUGUGCAAGGGAGAGAGAGCAACGAUGUGGAUUUCUACAAAGCCCCUCUCUCUCCUUUUCAGCCCAAACUCCCUCCACCACUUCAAAAAACCCACCGAUGCACUCUCUAUAGUCAACUCUGACACUGAACUUUUCACCAUGACCUGUCACCAGCAGUCAGCGCAGGGACAGAGUGAAAAAUGUUUGCGGUUGCAAAAAUUCCUGAUCAAAUUAGAUAAUCCUGUACAAAGAGGGUGUAACCGGCACUUGAAGGUGCAGAGCUGCUCCCCUCACUUAAAGGUGGCUGUGAUGGAGUCAGCUCAAAUAAGGUCAGUGCCUCCUCUUUGCUAUGGGGGACGUGGUUGUAAACACUGCAUUACCCUGAUGAGACCCAUUUGAAAUUCUGAGAGUGGAGCCCUUUCCCAUCCGUCUUUUGAUUUGAAUGUCUCUUUAAGGUCACAACACGGGCUGAGUGACUGGAUGAAAUGUUAAAUCUGACAUUGCAGGAUAUAUGCGGCCUGCGUAAUUUUAACCAGAGGCCCUUGACGAAAAAAUUCCUCCAGCUGGAACCUUCGGAGUGUUUGGUUUGGGAAUUAAAGCUGACAGUGGAGAAACAAGGGGUAGAGCGACGGGAGAGAUUUGGCGAGCAGAGUUUUCGUUUCCAAAGGCGGUGGGGGAAACGACCUGCAAGCACAUCUGAAGGAGCAACGUGACUCAGCACUCAACUGAGCCACUAAACAGCGUUGGGAUGACGUGCUCUGUCACAAAUGCAAACAGAAUCUGGGCCAUGGACAUGUUUUAUCAGAUCCCCCAUCACCACAGCAGACUCAAUUGUUCAGUGUUAUUAACAAUAAGCCUUGAUUUGAGUAGUGUGGAGUCAAUGAUGCCUCAUCUACUCCCUCCUGCUUUAGCAGCUUAAUGGAUAUCAGUUUUAAAUACAAAUAUCUAAAUCAAUAUUUCUCAGUCUAUAAAAGAUAAAAACAAAUAUUUCAAAUCGUGGUGGGUUUAUUUUAAUGAGCCAUAAAAGUUCCUUGUUUGAAUCUGCUGCCUCAUGGAUAUUCAAAGAGUAAUAGUCUGUUAAUUUGGACUGUCGGUGUCUCACGAGCUCACCAUGCUUCAACACGCUCCAGGUAGAAACUGAUGCUGCACAACCUGAGUAACCAUCUUCUCUGUUUUACACUUUUCCAAAGCUUGGUACCUUCAAUUCUUACACUGCAACUCCCCUGCUGAGAGUUCAGCUGUGGUUUGGGUGCCUCAUGCUCCUAGCAAUCUCAUUAGCCUCUGGGCUCAAAGGCCAAAAUUUUGGCGGCCUCCGCUGUAGACAGCUGAUAUCCGGGCCAAGACUCCAUCUUCCAUUCACCCAAAACUCUGAACACUCCAACUCGUCUCCUUUUUCACACAUAUUCAGGAUCUGUUUAUAGAGAUUAUGCUUAUAGUGGCUAAAGUAGCCUCAGGCUGCUAGCUUCAGGCAUAGAUGGCUAUAGAGUUCUGGUAAACUUUAUUUUACAUACUUUUCAUAUUAGGCCUAGUAGUAUUAUUCCCCAAGACUGGAAAACAGGUCGGAAUAUAUGCUCCUGCAGCCAUUUAAUGCCUUGAUGCAUUGUUGGCUUUAGAUACCGAGGAUUGGGAGUAGGUUGUUGUACCCAACAGUGCGAUUCAGUGAUUGAAAACUGACAGAACAAGGGUGAAUAUGACUAAGACUAAAUUCCCCUUUCAUUGGAUCAUAAGUAUUGUAAUCAACGACUUAACGUCUUUGCUUUAAACCUAAAAUCUCACAUAUUUACUCCAAGUUGUUUCCCGAUUAUCAGUUCAUGCGUUUCUUUGCAAGAUUGGCUGGUUUCAAAACAAGUAUGACCUUUAGCUAAAUCUCUUACCCCAGCCAUAGUAGAUGCUUAACGUGACCCUAACCAUACUAUAACCUAACCAAAGAUCUAACUGAGGAGGGUGCUACAGGAACCACAGUGUUAACAGUAAUGAAAGAUUAUCUGAAGGGGGAACAGACUCUGACACAACGCCGGCUCUGCCAUAAUUCCCCAAGCGCAUUGCAGACAGCAUCGUACCAUCCCGGGUAUUACCGCCUACUCCUGGGGCUUAAAAUCGAAUUCCCACCACAUCUGCAUCAACACCCUAAAUGUCCCUGAGAAGAAGGGGUGGUGGAGCGAAGGUUUUUAAAUUGAAUUACAGGCCGGUCCUGAAUUUAGUUUUUUUUCCAUUCCUCUUUUUAUUUAUUUCUGUGCUUUUAAAAAUCUCUUAACUUCCCUGCAAAGUAUUCCUGACAUUUUCCAUUUAUAACGUUAUUUUUUUUUUUUUUAGGAUGUUCCUUCUUGCUGGUGGUUGUCUUCAACGGUUUUGUAGCUGUUGAUGUUGCUCUUGUAUUCGCUUGAGUCUUCUGGCAUUAGUGGCUGUUGACAGCUCAGCUAAUGGAAGACUAGAUGAUUUGUAGGUCUGCACCGAGAAGCCCGGACUUCUCUGGAUCUACGGCACACUGGAAUUUAAUGUGUUGCCUGGCAACAGUGUGAGCAGGACUCGUGUCUCCCAGAGAGCGGGGGGGUGGAGAUGGCUCUCGGAGAGGGCGCCUCACCUUGUAGCAUUAGAUAGAAGCCACAGCGAAGGUGAUGGGUGGACAUCUCUACUUGUGUUUAAAGACCCCGUACUGGCACCAACCGAGUGGGUUGAUGGAAAUCGCAGGUCAUUUAAAAACAUGUCUCUGCUGAAGACAUUAUUUCACUUGCUCUGUCCAGAGGAUCGUGUUUUACUAAACAACGUAAAUUUUACUCUAUUUACAUGAAACGUUUCAGGGUUCAUUAUGAUAAAUGUCAAGAUUUUUGAUACCACAUAUAAUUAAAAUGUAAUGCUUAUCAAAGUUUGAAGGAACAAUCACAGACAGAACGAUAUAGACUAGAAUUAAUAAAUAUUAUAUCGCAUUUUCCAGUUUGUCCCAGAAAUAUUUACAAUGUGAGAUCUAUCUCUAUGGUAAAAACUGACAAGUAAUGGAUUGAAUAAUUAAUUACAAUUAUUGAAAGUUUCUGUAAAAAUCUCGGAGCUGAUGAUCUUCCUCACUACUGUACCUAAAAGUGAGUGUUUUAACAGCCUCCUGCGGCACAGACCAUUGUCUUUAAAUGUAAUUUUCGUUUACAGGUGUGUAAUUGAUAACAGUCUCUGCUGACUACAGCUGCCACAAGACAAGAUUUAUGAUUUUUUUGUAUUGUAUUUAAUUCUUUUUAAUAUUUUGAGUUCUUCCAUUCAGUGCGUUUUAAGAUUUAUGCGAGACCUGCACAUGUCCUGAAUUUUACAGUUUCAUUCUUACCCGUUUUGUUGAUGAUUUGUUGUACAUAUCCUUCUUUUUAAAUCCCUGGAAAGAAUGUUACUGGAGCUAAGCAAAUGUUUGUGUCAUGUUGCCCGUCAAGGAUUAAAUUAUUGACUGAAUUCUGAAUUUGUUAUUGUCAUAAGUCAUUUUCAUCUUUAAAUCUUUAUUUAAAUAAAUAUGUCUGAUGUUCA